UCUGUGAUCAUCUUAUCGUUUAUUGGAUCGGGCUUUUGUGACCUUGCGAGUUCUUAAAGUCGAGCGAAGAGGAGUUGUAUUUUUUUUUUUAAUCUUCUUCUGUUCGAGAGGAAUUUUUUCUUCGGGGAGGGAUGUGGUGACUUCCAGCAAGGCGAGAUGUAGAUCUGGAUUGAGGCGAGCUAGGCCGAAUUGGGAGAAGAAAUUAAAAAAAAAAAAAAGAGUGCCGAAUAAGGACUUGCUGAAUUUCCCACGGUCGAGAUCCUUGUUAGGGUUUUGUUCUCUGACGCUAUAUGGUGUUGAAAUCUAUGGGCAACUUCUCCAAAACAAUUUUUGUGUGUGUGUGUGUUUGUGUUUGUGUUUUGCUCGUUGUUCCCUUGAAAUAGAAAACAAAUAAUGUUUUUUUUUAUAAUUAUCAUCAAAUGAACCUGCAGCCUUCUUAAUCUUGUAGUGAACACACUACCAAAGUGAAAAAGUUCACAGAGAUGCGAAUGUGCCUCAAUUUCAAUUUUUAACUUUCAAUGAGCAUUUUUGAAUUGCAAUAUAUGAUUAUUCCUUAAACAUACAAAUUCUAUACGUUAGCAUAUUAUUUGGAUUUGGAACUUUUUUUAGGUUUUUGCUGAUUAUGGCUUGCAAUGAUUUGCAAUGCUUGUAAACUUGAUAGUAGAUUAUGGUUAAUUUACUCUGUCUCACUUAUGUAUAUCUACUUUAUAAUGGGUACCUUGAAGCACUAAUUAUCCUUAUCUGCAUCAUUUUAUUUCAGGCCUUAUUUCUCAUGAGAAGUUAUGGUCAUGCCCGACAGAUCAGCCAUUACAUUCUCCCUGGUGGCCCUGUUUGUACAAAGCCUAUGAGGGAAGUUAUGGAGUUCUUCCCAAGGUCAACAUCCUACAAUCUGUGGAGUAGGUUCUUUUCUUCUGAAAAUGGUGAUCUAGUUGAUGCUGUUGUCCCAUUCAUGGGUGAAUCUAUAACCGAUGGGACUUUAGCAACUUUUCUAAAGAAACCUGGUGAUAGAGUUGAAGUUGAUGAACCUAUUGCCCAGAUUGAAACUGACAAGGUAACUAUUGAUGUUGCUAGUCCUGAAGCUGGAGUUAUUCAGAAGUUCAUUGCCAAAGAAGGCGAUACAGUGACUCCUGGGACCAAAGUUGCUGUUAUCUCUAAGUCUGCUCCUACCGACACUCAUGUAGCUCCAUCAGAUGAGAUAGCUGGUAAGGAUACUUCACCUGCCGUUCCUGUUGAGAAGAACAUUGAUGCACAAGUGCCAAAAGUGGAAGCUCCCAUUAAAGAGAAGCCAAAAGUACCCUCUCCUCCAUCCCCUAAAAUCUCACCUUCAGAACCUCAACUUCCUCCCAAGGAAAGGGAAAGACGUGUUCCUAUGCCGAGACUAAGGAAAAGAGUUGCUACACGGUUGAAGGAUUCACAAAAUACAUUUGCAUUAUUGACCACGUUUAAUGAAGUGGACAUGACUAAUCUGAUGAAGCUCCGAUCUGAAUACAAAGAUGCCUUUCUAGAAAAGCAUGGUGUGAAGUUGGGACUCAUGUCCGGUUUUAUAAAGGCUGCUGUUUCUGGACUCCAAAACCAGCCAGUCAUCAAUGCUGUCAUUGACGGCGAUGACAUCAUAUACCGGGAUUAUAUUGAUAUCAGUAUAGCUGUUGGUACACCUAAGGGCCUUGUGGUUCCAGUUAUCCGUAAUGCCGAUAGAAUGAAUUUUGCGGAAAUAGAGAAGGAGAUUAACACCCUUGCUAAGAAGGCGAACAAUGGAACCAUUUCAAUAGACGAGAUGGCUGGAGGCACAUUCACCAUCUCAAACGGUGGUGUAUAUGGAAGUCUCCUGAGUACCCCAAUCAUCAACCCCCCACAAUCUGCCAUAUUAGGCAUGCACUCCAUAGUGCCCCGACCGAUGGUGGUUGACGGUAGCAUUGUCUCGAGGCCAAUGAUGUAUAUUGCGUUGACCUAUGAUCACCGACUAAUUGACGGAAGAGAAGCUGUCUUCUUCGUGCGGCGCAUUAAAGAUGUGGUUGAAGAUCCACGAAGGCUACUCCUCGACUUGUAGGUACACCGAAAGGCUGAUGGUUCGUUGAUGCUUUUCAGUGGCAAAAUAAUUUUGCGAAACAUUUAAUUUAAUUCCUACCGCAAUUUUUUCAAUACAUCAAUGAGAAUGUGAGUUGCAUCAUGACUUUGUUUCCUUAGCAGAGACUAUACAUUUGAUUUAGUGUGGAAUUGAGAUUCCACAAUCACAUUGAACAUUGUCAAUUUGAGUUAAUGGAUCAUAAACGGCUUCAAUGUCUGGGGUCAAAAUCUUUAAUUUG